CACCGACUCACCACACGGUGUGGUCACCACCCCGUUUGGGAGCCCCCGAAGUCGGCGGCCCCCUCCGUGGCGACCUCCCCUCUCGGCAUGGCCCGGUCGUCGCCGGCGGGCCGGGCACGGGGAAGUCGCACCUGGCGCUGCAGCUGGCCAGGGAGAUGGGGGCCCGGGUGCUCGCCGCGUCCCCCGCGGACUUGUUGGCGUCCCACGUCGGCGACGCGGAGAAGCGGGUGGCGGCUCUCUUCGCGACCGCCCGCCAGUGUGCCCCCAGCCUCGUCGUUCUCGAGGACAUUGACGCCCUCGCGCCAGCGGGCCCGGACCCGGACGACGAGGACGCCGAGCGGGACGCCUCGGCGGAGGGCUCCGAGACGCGAGUGGCGUACACGCUCCGGGCCGAGCUCGACGCGCUCAGCUGUGGGCGUGCGGAGCUCGAGCGCUGCCGCGGCGCGGGGCACGCCGCGCCGUUCGCCGCUGAGGCGCUGGUGCUGGUGGUGGGCACCAGCCGGUCGCGGCAGAGCGUCGCGGCGUGGCUGCUGGCGCCGCACCGCCUGGGCAUGACCGUGGAGCUGGAGCCGCGGCCCUCCGUCGGGGAGGUGGCGGAGCUGCUGCGGCUCGGGCUGCGCGGCGGUGGCGGAGGCGCAGCCGACGCGGAGCUCGCCUCUGGCAUCGAGGAGGCCGGGCAGCCGCGCGUCGAGCGCGCGGCUGCGGCGCUCUGCGCCCGGGUGGACGUCGGGCGCGCCGCGGCCGCCGCGGCCCUGUGCCGCGCCGCGGGCGUGCGGGCCGUGCGCAGGCUGGCCUCGGAGGGCCAGGCGGCCAGCGAGGCUCGCAUCCUGGCGGCGCGCCGGAGGGUCGGUGCGCAGGCAGGGUCUCGGGGCGUCCUGGCAGAGUUACCGAUGCCGCUGCCCCUCCCCUGGCGAAGCAGCAGGUCACCACCCACACCAGUAAGGCGCACGAGGCCGCAGGGUGCACGGGGAGCGGGCGUCCGAGCGAUGGCGAGUGGGGUGCCGAGGCCUCCCAGAUGGGGUCGGACACUCCCUGGCCCGGCCAUGCCACCGCCCGCGCGCCUCUGGGCCUGGCGCGCGGGGCCUCCCUGCUCUCGCCGCCCGCGACCCCGGGGACGACAGCAACCGAAACGCGAGCGAGGGCCGCGCGCUCGGGGAGCUCAACGAAAGGGGGAGAUAGGGAAAGGGGGGGUUACGAAAUCUGCUGGAUGCAGCUGGUUUCGGCCUGCCGCCGGGCCCAUUCCUCGAUACAGGGGCGCCUCUGGCGCUGAGAGGCGCUGGGAAACGCAAGCUGAUUCUCAACCCCCCCUUUGCUAUCCCCCCCCUUCGCCCGGCUGGAAAGAGGAGGGUGAUGACCAGGGUUAAGUCGGGCGUGUCCCUCUG